AUGCAGGCCUCGUGUGUUUCGACGCUGUUGAUGUUAGAAGCAGGAAGUUUGGCUCCGUUGAAAAGUAUCGUUAUCAAAAACAAAGAGUUUACAUUCGGCACACAUCCGUUGAAUACAUUCCGGAUUAUGAAUUCAUGCGAAAGGCUACACUGCAAAGUAGUUGUGGCGCGGAAAUCGAAUGUGGCAUAUAUUUACAACUACUCUAAAGUAAACCCUGUCGUGGUUAACGGCGUUCCGUUGCAAACCAAAGCCACACUGCAAACCAAUGAUACCAUUGAAGUGGCAGGGUGUUAUUUUAAAUGGCGUCUUGAAAGUGCCGAGAGCAAUAGGGAUGGGACUUCAUUGCGACGCGUACGUAGUGCCGAGGACUUCGUUGCAAAACCAUCUGGCCGCAGAUCCGUUUGUAUGCUGCUACGUGCUAUCCGGCAGAGACGUACAAUUCACAGCGCUGCAUUCGACGUAGAUCAAUUGGUCAAACAUGGUUUAGGUAGCUGCGACGAAGAUCUUACGGAAGCGGAUAUCACCCACGGUGAGAUGAAAUCAGUGACAAACACUCCGCAGCAACUAGCGUCUGAUUCGAUAGCCACUCCCGCGGUAGAGCACAAGGAAAACUUGAUUACACCAGCCACAGUAGAAAAAACUCCAAAACGUAAAAAACAGUCAAAUUUUAUGGAUUUAUUGAUGGUUUCUGGCACACCCUUCUCAAGUGAAAAAGAACGCAGGCACGCAAACUGCAAAAAACCCCUUUCUGCAGUCAAGCGCACGCCAUUGCGGUCCAAGAACUGUUCGUUUGCUACCCCAGAGCACAGCAUGUAUCUAAUUGAUCUCACUACUCCUACUGCUAAGCGUCCAAAAUUAGCUAGUACAACCCCAAAACCGUCGCCACGCAUUCUGACAUCCAUUAACCUCGUCACUCCGAGUCCAACGAAAGUAAGCGGAACACCAAGCUCGGUUCGAAAAGUUCCAACAUCGACCUCAAAGAAGUUACUCAAAUCUGCACUACAAAAUUCAUCAAACGUUUCCGCUUCCAAGGCAUCAUCGAGUACGCCACUGUCUAAAACACAAAUUUCAUCGAUUGAUACUAGCUUUGCACGAGGAACACCGCGGAGCCAAAAAUUGAAAUUCGGCUCCACAACUCCCAUCAGUGUAAAGAAAGGACAAACACAAGACUCACCAGCAACACCGAUAAAUAGAAACACUUCUUUAAAAGCAAGGUCAGCACGACUGCCGAAGACUCCAAGAGAGAAUUUGCUUACCCCAAAAACUCCACUCGGCUCGAAGAAACCACUGGCCCAAGGACCAUCGGCGACACGAAUAGUGGUAAAUAAAAGCUCAUCGCUGCCAGAGGUGGCUGGAGAUAAUGUCACCAAUUUACCAAACAUUGAUGCUUCUUGCAAGGAAGGAAAGGAGGAACAUGUAUCAGAUAGACCUGUCCUGGUGAAUCAGGCACACAGCGAUAUUAAUGUAGUUGAUGCACUCCAAAGCUCUGUAGCUAUGUUGGAUUCCAUUUUCGUUGCAACACAGCCAACUGCACUCUUCAACGUAGAAACUGUUAUAAAAAAACCAAACCGAACGACUCAGGUCCGCUCGGCAAAGUAUUCGGAUGUCACCCCUCACGAAUCUUUUGUUGACGGUGGAGGAUCAACGCAAACAGCUGCCGCGGUACUUCCUGAGCAAGACACUGUCAAGGAUUUGCCCAAAUCUGACGCCCAACCGCUGGAACGGAAUUCGGAGAUCGACUGUUUGGCCACAGCCGAUAUAGAUGAGGUAGCACUGUUAGCUAGUGACUCUGAAACAGGCUCCGGAGGGGAGGAACAACCGAUCCUAAAUGAGGAUGAACUGCUGGCUAGUGAUGGUGAGGAGACCGAGGCGAAUUACGUAGCUGUACAGGCAACAGGUUGCUCGCCUUAUCUGAGACAAUCACUCCGUGAUACAAGGAAAUUUAUAAGCAGUGCUUAUACUUCAUUAAACACAUCUCGGCCACAGUUGGAUAUCACUGCCGAAAUCGACGAGAGUCUCCUAUUGACCGAAGAUUCCUUCAAGGAGGAUCCAAACAACCGAACUUACGAUUUGACUGAUCUUAGCGACCGGCCAUUGACAUCGGAAGGAUCGAAAGAGGACAAUCAGGCAGCUCUAAGUGUUGGGAUAACAGACAAUGAUAUGGCCUUUGCUACACAAACACAACAACAAAACGAUGUUGAUCAGGAGGAAGUAUUAUGUCCUACGACGAACAACAUCGUGGAUAAAGAAAUUGCUAUGACUCCACUAGUCGAUCAAGAAGGGGAAAUUCAGGAAGUUGUUAGUCCUACGACGAACAACAUCGUGGAUAAAGAAAUUGCUAUGACUCCACUAGACGAUCAAGAAGGGGAAAUUCAGGAAGUUGUUAGUCCUACGACGAACAACAUCGUGGAUAAAGAAAUUGCUAUGACUCCACUAGACGAUCAAGAAGGGGAAAUUCAGGAAGUUGUUAGUCCUUCGACGAACAACAUCGUGGAUGACGUAAUUGCUAUGACUCCACUAGACGAUCAAGAAGGGGAAAUUCAGGAAGUUGUUAGUCCUACGACGAACAACAUCGUGGAUAAAGAAAUUGCUAUGACUUCACUAGACGAUCAAAAAGGGGAAAUUCAGGAAGUUGUUAGUCCUACGACGAACAACAUCGUAGAUAAAGAAAUUGCUAUGACUCCACUAGACGAUCAAGAAGGGAAAAUUCAGGAAGUUGUUAGUCCUUCGACGAACAACAUCGUGGAUGACAUAAUUGCUAUGACUUCACUAGACGAUCAAAAAGGGGAAAUUCAGGAAGUUGUUAGUCCUACGACGAACAAUAACCUCGUUGAUGAAAUUGCUAUGACUUCACUAGCCGAUCAAGAAGGGGAAAUUCAGGAAGUUGUUAGUCCUACGACGAACAAUAUCUUGGAUGACGUAAUUGCUAUGACUCCACUAGCCGAUCAAGAAGGGGAAAUUCAGGAAGCUGUUAGUCCUACGACGAACAACAUCGUGGAUAAAGAAAUUGCUAUGACUCCACUAGCCGAUCAAGAAGGGGAAAUUCAGGAAGCUGUUAGUCCUACGACGAACGACAUCGUGGAUGAAGAAAUUGCUAUGACUCCACUAGCCGAUCAAGAAGGGGAAAUUCAGGAAGUUGUUAGUCCUACGACGAACAACAUCGUGGAUAAAGAAAUUGCUAUGACUUCACUAGACGAUCAAAAAGGGGAAAUUCAGGAAGUUGUUAGUCCUACGACGAACAACAUCGUGGAUAAAGAAAUUGCUAUGACUCCACUAGCCGAUCAAGAAGGGGAAAUUCAGGAAGUUGUUAGUCCUACGACGAACAACAUCGUGGAUAAAGAAAUUGCUAUGACUCCACUAGCCGAUCAAGAAGGGGAAAUUCAGGAAGUUGUUAGUCCUUCGACGAACAACAUCGUGGAUGACAUAAUUGCUAUGACUUCACUAGACGAUCAAGAAGGGGAAAUUCAGGAAGUUGUUAGUCCUACGACGAACAAUAACCUCGUUGAUGAAAUUGCUAUGACUUCACUAGCCGAUCAAGAAGGGGAAAUUCAGGAAGUUGUUAGUCCUACGACGAACAAUAUCUUGGAUGACGUAAUUGCUAUGACUCCACUAGCCGAUCAAGAAGGGGAAAUUCAGGAAGUUGUUAGUCCUACGACGAACAACAUCGUGGAUAAAGAAAUUGCUAUGACUUCACUAGCCGAUCAAGAAGGGGAAAUUCAGGAAGCCGUUAGUCCUACGACGAACAACAUCGUGGAUAAAGAAAUUGCUAUGACUUCACUAGACGAUCAAAAAGGGGAAAUUCAGGAAGUUGUUAGUCCUACGACGAACGUCAUCGUAGAUAGUGAAAUUGUUAUGACUCCACUAGACGAUCAAGAAGGGGAAAUUCAGGAAGUUGUUAGUCCUACGACGAACAAUAUCUUGGAUGACGUAAUUGCUAUGACUCCACUAGCCGAUCAAGAAGGGGAAAUUCAGGAAGCUGUUAGUCCUACGACAAACGACAUCGUGGAUGAAGAAAUUGCUAUGACUCCACUAGCCGAUCAAGAAGGGGAAAUUCAGGAAGCCGUUAGUCCUACGACGAACGUCAUCGUAGAUAGUGAAAUUGUUAUGACUCCACUAGACGAUCAAGAAGGGGAAAUUCAGGAAGUUGUUAGUCCUACGACGAACAAUAUCUUGGAUGACGUAAUUGCUAUGACUCCACUAGCCGAUCAAGAAGGGGAAAUUCAGGAAGCUGUUAGUCCUACGACGAACGACAUCGUGGAUGAAGAAAUUGCUAUGACUCCACUAGCCGAUCAAGAAGGGGAAAUUCAGGAAGUUGUUAGUCCUACGACGAACAACAUCGUGGAUAAAGAAAUUGCUAUGACUUCACUAGACGAUCAAAAAGGGGAAAUUCAGGAAGUUGUUAGUCCUACGACGAACAACAUCGUGGAUAAAGAAAUUGCUAUGACUCCACUAGCCGAUCAAGAAGGGGAAAUUCAGGAAGUUGUUAGUCCUACGACGAACGACGUCGUGGAUGAAGAAAUUGCUAUGACUCCACUAGCCGAUCAAGAAGGGGAAAUUCAGGAAGUUGUUAGUCCUACGACGAACAACAUCGUGGAUAAAGAAAUUGCUAUGACUCCACUAGACGAUCAAGAAGGGGAAAUUCAGGAAGUUGUUAGUCCUACGAAGAACGUCAUCGUGGAUAGUGAAAUUGUUAUGACUCCACUAAACGAUCAAGAAGGGGAAAUUCGGCAAGUUGUUAGUCCUACGAAAAACAACGUGGAUGAAGAAAUUGCUAUGACUCCACUAGCCGAUCAAGAAGGGGAAAUUCAGGAAGCCGUUAGUCCUACGACGAACGACAUCGUGGAUGAAGAAAUUGCUAUGACUCCACUAGCCGAUCAAGAAGGGGAAAUUCAGGAAGCCGUUAGUCCUACCAAAAACAACGUGGAUGAUGAAAUUGUUAUGACCCCAUCAGACGAUCAAGAAGGGGAAAUUCAGGAAGUUGUUAGGUGA